AGGCGGCGUGGGCGUGGCCGUGGGCGCGGCCCCGGCGCGGCGGCGCGCGCGGGGUGAAGGGAACGCGGCGCGCAAGUGGCGGCGACGGCGGCGGCGACGGCGGCGGUUGCUGCGCCCGGUACUGGGGUCGCUGCCUGAGGCGCAGGCGCAGUGGACUCAGCCCGCCCCGGGCCGCGGCUCGCUGUGGGCUCGUCAUGGCGACCGAGCAGAGGCCUUUCCACCUGGUGGUGUUCGGCGCCUCUGGCUUCACCGGCCAGUUCGUGACCGAGGAGGUGGCCCGGGAGCAGGUGGACCCGGAGCGAAGCUCCCGCCUGCCCUGGGCCGUGGCGGGCCGCUGUCGGGAGAGGCUGCAGCGAGUGCUGGAGAGGGCUGCCCUGAAGCUGGGUAAAGGGGGCAGGGUGGGACGCGGCUUGGCGGCCCGCGGCGCAGCCUCCUCCGAGCCCCCGAGCCCGGCCGAGGACUCGACAUUGCCUGAAACGAGCUUUUCUCCCCCGGGGACGCGCCCUCCAUCGUCUGACGUGGAGCCGCCCCGCCUCCCUUCCAUGGAGAAAGUGUCUUCCACGAGACCAGUCCGUGAUGUCAAGAAGUAUCGAUUUUAUGGAGAACCUGUGGUAAAAGCAUGUAUUGAAAAUGGAACCAGUUGCGUUGACAUCUGUGGAGAACCUCAAUUUCUGGAAUUAAUGAAGUGGAAGUAUCAUGAAAAAGCUGCAGAAAAAGGGGUUUAUAUCAUUGGAAGCAGUGGCUUUGACUCCAUUCCAGCAGAUAUGGGAGUAAUAUAUACCAGAAAUAAAAUGAAUGGUACUUUGACUGCUGUGGAAAGUUUCCUAACUAUACAUCCAGGACCUGAGGGCUUGUGCAUUCACGAUGGUACCUGGAAGUCAGCAAUUUAUGGUUUUGGAGAUCAGAGUAAUUUGAGAAAACUACGACAUGCAUCAAAUCUGAAACCUCUCCCAGUUGUUGGUCCAAAAUUGAAAAGAAGGUGGCCAAUUUCUUUUUGUAGAGAACUCAACCUAUAUUCCAUUCCUUUCUUGGGAUCGGAUGUGUCUGUUGUGAAGCGGACUCAGCGUUACUUGCAUGAAAAUUUAGAGGAAUCACCAGUUCAGUAUGCUGCUUAUAUAACUGUGGGAAGCAUCACCUCUGUUAUUAAGCUGAUGUUUGCAGGACUUUUCUUUUUAUUCUUUGUGAGGUUUGGCAUUGGAAGGCAACUUCUCAUAAAAUUCCCAUGGCUCUUCUCCUUUGGCUAUUUUUCAAAACAAGGUCCAACACAAAAACAGGUUGAUGCCUCAUCAUUCACAUUGACGUUCUUUGGUCAAGGAUAUAGCCAAGGUCUUAGUACUGAUAAGAACAAACCAAAUAUCAGAAUUUGUACUCAGGUGAAAGGACCAGAGGCUGGCUAUGUAGCUACACCCAUAGCUAUGGUUCAGGCAGCCAUGACACUUCUAAAUGAUGUCUCUGAUCUUCCUAAAGCGGGUGGGGUCUUCACACCUGGAGCAGCUUUCUCCAAAACAAAGUUGAUUGACCGACUCAACAAACAUGGCAUUGAAUUUAGUGUCAUUAGCAGCUCUGAAGUCUAAAUUUGAAGAAUUAACUGAAGUCAUAAAGUGCAUGAAUUAACAGCUUUUGUAUUUGAUAUUUGAAAUUCUUCUGUAAGCCUGUCUGACUAUAUAUGGAAAAGAUUGUCAAAUCUAAAAUAUCUACACAUUAAAAGCAGGAAAUUAUACUAGCUUACCCUAAAUUUCA